UUUUUUCACGACGCAGUUGUCAAUGCGCAGUUGUCACAAUAUUAUUGUCAAAUAAAACAGCUGAUUGUAUUGUAUAAAAUUCAGCACGAAAAUAAAAUAUAAAUUAGAAAUGAAAUUAUUCAGAGCUUAUCGUGCUAUAAAUAAUAGAUGCAAUCAUAUUGUGUGUAAAAGAAAUCUUAAUACUAUCGCCAACAAAGAAUGGGAGAGUGUAGUUGGGUUGGAAGUCCACGCACAGUUGAACACGGAUUCCAAGUUAUUUUCUGGUGCUGAGAAUACCUUCGGUGGCGUAGUGAAUAAUUGUGUUGCUUUAUUUGAUGCGGCCAUACCCGGUACUUUGCCCGUGUUAAACAGACGAUGCGUGGAAUUGGGUAUAAUUACUGCUUUAGCCCUUUCAUGCAAAGUGAAUGAAGUGUCAACUUUUGAUAGAAAGCAUUAUUUCUAUGCCGAUUUACCUGCCGGUUAUCAGAUUACACAGCAGAGAGCACCUUUAGCCAGCGAUGGAGUUAUUAAUUUUGAGGUAUUUACUCCUGGAAUCCACAAGAAGCCUUACAAGAAGAGUUCCAAGAUCAAACAAAUCCAAUUGGAGCAGGACAGCGGGAAGUCCCUUCAUGAUACUGAGCUGAAAAAGAGUCUGGUGGACCUCAACAGAGCAGGGGCACCACUCAUUGAACUUGUGUUUGAACCAGACUUGGAGGAUGGGGAGGAAGCAGCGGCGCUGGUGAAGGAACUGGUGCUGAUCGUGCAACGGCUGGGCGCGUGCUCGGGGCGGCUGCAGGAGGGCGCGCUGCGUGUGGACGCUAACGUGUCGCUGCGGCGCCCCGGACAGCCGCUCUCUACUCGCACUGAGAUAAAGAACAUCGGGUCGGUGCGCGGCGUGGCGGGCGCCAUCAGCCACGAGAUCAGCCGGCAGCGCGCGGCGCUGGCUUGCGGCGGCCGCGUGCUCGCGCACACGCGCUUCUGGGACGCCGCCCGCCGCUGCACCGUCGCUAUGCGCGACAAGGAGGUCGUGCAGGAUUACAGAUAUAUGCCCGAGCCGAAUCUCCCGCCGUUGCGCGUAAACCUGACCAGUAGGAACGAGCACCGUGACGUCAUCAGCGUGCCGCUCCUCCGGGAUAGAAUCCCGGAGCUCCCCGAAGACUCCCGAAGACAUCUCGUCCAACAAUUCAAACUACGACCAGAGGCAGCCAUCCAACUCGUCAAUGAACCCAUACUUUUAGACUACUUUCAUAACUUAACAUCAGAAAACAGAAACCCAACAAAAAUCGCAAAUCUUUUGCUAAACGAUCUCCUUACUGUUUUAAAUAAAAAAAGAUUGGAUGUAGAAGACUGUCCAAUAACACACAAGCAGUUGAAAGAUUUGAUCGAUUUUCUUCUUGAAAAUGUAGUCAAUAUUGAAGUGGCUCGGAAGGUUCUAGAAGAAUUAGUUGAAGCAUCGGACUCUGAUUUGUCUGUUUCAAAUAUUAUAAAAGAAAAAGGUUGGGCCAUAGUUACUGAUGAAGCGGAAAUAACUAAAUUGUGCGAGAAAGUCAUAGAAGACAAUCCUAAAUUAGUUAAGCAGUAUAAGGACGGGAAAACAAAGGUAUUUAAAGCGUUUCUGGGUAUAUUGGUUAAGAGUUCUCAUACUAAAUUGGAUAUGUCCCUAGCGUCUAAAGUGAUGGAGGAAUUAUUGAAAAAGUGAUCAUAAAAAUAAUAAAAGUAGAAUAAGCUCAAUAAAAGUCUGAAAAUAUUGA